GGUAAAAUUGCCGUUAUGUCAGUUAUGUUUACAAAUUUUUAUUUUUUAUUUUUGGUGUCAUUAAUAAUUUCGAACUUAAAAUUGUAUCCAAUCAGCAGAAUUUAAAUAAAAACAAAAAAGAGAACUGUGAUUGUAUGAAAUUUUCCUUAAUACUUAAAUUCAGUUUAACAGUUAUGGACAAUUAUCAAAAACAACCUCUCAAGCUGUACAUACAAGACAUUUUCCGCGCCAAAAGAACCGAAGAUAACAAAUACGUAUACGAACUUUUUAAUAUAAAGUUUAAAAAUGUUAUGAUACACGGCGUAAUCACUUCUCUAUAUAAUACUACAAAUAAGUCCUCUAAUUUCGAAAUAAGCGAUCCCACUGGCUGUGUGCAAGUUUAUUACGAUUCAACGAAAAAUAAUUCUAAUAUAUUUGAUGACACUAUAAAAGACCUUUUAAAAAGUUUCGCAGCAGUUUCUAGAAGCGGAGACGAUAACGCACCCACAAUGGCCGCCUUAUUGAAUUCUAUAGAAAAUAAGUAUAAAAAUCCGAUUGAUUUUGAAGAAGGAUCUCAUGUUAGCGUCGUUGGUGAUAUUUUUGUUGACGAUUUUAGAAAUGCUAGGAUGGUGUCAGCAUAUCAGUGUAGAACUACAUCAGUUGAAAGAGAUAUAGUUUGGUUGGAAGAAUUAAGUUAUUUAUAUGAAAAAUAUUAUUUGAAGAACAUAAAAUAAUAAAUGAUUGAACCUGU